GUGAGUUGACUUCUUUUUAGGUACGGCAAACAGACAUUAGCAACCGAUUUGUGAUCAACCGCGAAACGCGAAUCUUAGUAUGGUGAACAAGAAGGUAUCAGCUGUGUUCCUGUGUGCUGUGUUUGUGUUGCUUGCUUGCUUACGUACGCUUGAUGCUAAGAAGGGUCCUGAAGAUCUUCUUUUGUUCACCGUUGCCACGGAAGAAACCGACGGUUUGAAACGAUUCUUGCGGUCGGCCACGAUUUACAAGCAUAACGCAAAGGUGCUUGGUUUGGAUGAGGAUUGGAAGGGCGGUGAUGUGGCUCGUUAUCCUGGAGGUGGGCAGAAGGUCCGGUUGCUGAAAGAAGAGCUGAAGAAGUACAAGGACGAAUCUGACCGAGUCGUCCUUUUUACGGAUGGGUACGAUGUGAUACUGACUGGAACGCCGAGCCAAAUCCUGGAGCAAUUUUACGAAUCUAAAGCAAGAAUACUUUUUGGGGCAGAAGCGACGUGUUGGCCAGAUGUUGCCCUGGCUGAAAAAUACCCGGAAAUCGAAACAGGGAUUGGAAGGGCGGUGAUGUGGCUCGUUAUCCUGGAGGUGGGCAGAAGGUACGAUGUGAUACUAACUGGAACGCCGAGCCAAAUCCUGGAGCAAUUUUACGAAUCUAAAGCAAGAAUACUUUUUGGGGCAGAAGCGACGUGUUGGCCAGAUGUUGCCCUGGCUGAAAAAUACCCGGAAAUCGAAACAGGGAUACUGGAACGCCGAGCCAAAUCCUGGAGCAAUUUUACGAAUCUAAAGCAAGAAUACUUUUUGGGGCAGAAGCGACGUGUUGGCCAGAUGUUGCCCUGGCUGAAAAAUACCCGGAAAUCGAAACAGGGAAACGCUUCCUCAAUUCUGGAGCACCCGUCCGUUGUGUUCGAAGGCCGAUUUAUUGGCUACGCGUCGGACUUAUUCAAGCUGGUGAGCAGAGAGGAACUGAAGGACAGCGACGAUGACCAGCUGUUUUACACUACCGCGUUCUUGGACGAAAAGUUUCGAGAGAAGCACUCCUUUAAAUUGGAUCAUCGUUCCAGCAUUUUCCAGAAUCUCAACAUGGCGAUGGGUGAUGUCGAGCUCCAAUUCAGAGGAAAAGACGCAUUCUUGCAAAACAUUGCCUACGGAACUGUGCCACUAGUCAUCCACGGAAACGGUGCAACCAAAUUGGCACUCAACUCUCUGGGAAAUUAUUUGGCGAAAUCCUGGAAUGCCAUCGACCAAUGUGUCGAAUGCCAAGAAAAUAUGAACAUCCUUGAAAAUCGUGAUGUGGGUAUCAAAUUCAUAUCGGAUGGAUCUGUUUCUCUCCAACAGCAGGUUCAGGAAGCCGAGUAUCCAAUCGUAACUGUUGCCGUAUUUGUGGAGCAAGCGACACCGUUCUUUGAAGAAUUCUUGCUCAAUCUGGUGAAUUUGAAUUAUCCGAAAAACAAGAUUGAUUUAUUCAUCCACUCAACGACGGAAUAUCAUUCAGCCGACAUUUCUACCUUCUUGUCGGAAAUUGGUAGCGAAUACCGAAGCUUCAAGCUUAUCGACUUCCACGACAAUGUCAAGGAAUGGCACGCCAGGAAUGGAGCUAUGGAUUAUUGUGAGAAAACGAACUGCGAUUGGCUGUUCACUAUUGAUGCGAUUGCACAUCUUGACAACCCGCAUACUCUUCGUCUUUUAGUGGAGCAAAACAGAAACGUUAUUGCGCCGUUGCUCAUUCGUCCGUUGUUCCGUACCAGGUAUUGUGAGGAAAUGAUUGAAGAAUUGGAGAGCUACGGGAAAUGGUCGGAUGGUUCGAACUUCGACGAACUUUUUGAACUCAUCAAUAAUCGUUGGGACUGGGAGAAACGCUAUUUGCAUGUCAACUACAGCCAGAGUCUCGCGGAGAAUACAACAAUCGCUCAGCCGUGUCCGGAUGUCUUCUGGUUCCCGAUUGUGACCGAUAGGUAUUGUGAGGAAAUGAUUGAAGAAUUGGAGAGCUACGGGAAAUGGUCGGAUGGUUCGAACUCGGAUGAAAGAUUGCCCGGCGGCUACGAGAAUGUGCCGACGAUAGAUAUACACAUGAGGCAGAUCGACUUCCAUGACCGAUGGAUGCAUUUUCUCGAUACUUACGAUACGAGGAUAGAAGGAGGGUACGAGAAUGUGCCGACCAUCGACAUUCAUCUUAACCAAGUUGGGUUGCAUGAACAAUGGCUGUUCUUUCUUGAACACCAUGUUUACCCGCUUGUCGAGAAGGUCUACCAGGGAUAUUCUGGAGAUCCGCCGAAGGCAACGAUGAACUUUGUCGUGAGAUACAAGCCCGACGAACAGCCCUUGCUGCGUCCGCAUCAUGACAGCUCGACAUACACGAUCAACAUCGCAUUAAACCGUGUAGGCAUCGACUAUGAGGAGUUUUAUGGCUUGGUCAAGUACACAAGCAUUUGCCAAUUCCACAUGGGGCAAACUUUGUCUGAGCCGGUCACUACUAAGGAGUCGGCUAGCGUAGAAAAUUCCAUCUGGAAUGUCGGGUCAUCAUCUAUGCAGGGAUGGCGUGUAUCCAUGGAAGAUUCCCACACGCACAUCCUGUCUUUGCCAGAUGACCCUGGCACGUGUUUCUUCGGUGUUUACGACGGCCAUGGAGGGUGUAAGAUUUCCCAACACGUGGGCAAGCAUCUCCACAAGUACAUUGUCCAGCAUGACGAAUUCGUCAAGGGAAACGUCGAAGACGCCAUUAAACUCGGAUUCCUUGAGAUGGACCAGAUCAUGUUGAACGAUGUGGCGCUGAAGGAGGACUCGUCGGGCACAACAGCUGUGAUAGUUCUUGUAAAAGACGGGAAACUUUACUGUGGAAAUGUCGGUGACUCGCGAGCUGUGGCUUCACUGCGUGGUGUAGCUGAGGAAUUAUCCAUGGACCACAAACCAACUAGUGAGAAGGAGUUGAAUCGGAUCGUGGCUGCGGGGGGCUAUGUGGAGUAUUCCCGCGUCAAUGGGAACCUGGCCUUGUCGCGAGCCUUGGGUGACUACGGAUACAAGCAGAAUGUGCUGAAGUCGCCCGAGGAACAGAUUGUCACUGCAUUUCCAGACGUGGAAGUUCGCCAGCUCACUGAUGAUUACGAGUUUCUCCUCAUUGCCUGUGAUGGCAUUUGGGAUGUUUUGUCUAGUCAGGAUGCUGUAGACUUCGUUCGUCAGCGGAUCGGCAAAGGGUUGGAGCCAGAAGCCAUUUGUGAAGCUCUACUGGAGCACUGUCUCGCACCGGAUCUAUCAUUUGGAGGAUUGGGCUGCGACAACAUGACAGCCAUUCUUGCCGUGUAUUUGAAUGGACGACCUUAUGAACAGGUUUUGCGGGGGCAAAUGAAGCUGCCACUCAUUAAGACGGUAGAUGAAGUCCUGCCAAGCAAUGACGCGACGGAUUCCACGGCCAGUGCAAUGUCAGCUGUCUUUGCCACUGUGUACGUGAUGUUGAUUGAUUGUUGCAGGAUGAAAUCCUUCCAAGUGAUUUUGCGCUUUGCAUGGAUUGUGUUCAAUAAUGUGUAUUGCAUACCUACUUACACCAUAUGGAUGUUUAUGUUGCUGCCAUUGAGGUUGUGGAACCCGUAUUUGUACUGGAGAAUCGAAGCUGUGAUGUAUGAGUGGCUCCUUAACAUGGUAGCAGCCUGGAACUGGACAGCGGACUACAGAGUGGUGGAGACAGGGGAUGACAUUGACAGUAUUCAGAAAGACUCGGCAUUGUUUCUGUUCAACCACCAGUCAACGUCUGAUGUACCCCUCAUCAUGAAUGUGGUGACGUCGCGGGUUGGUGUGACGCAGAGUACCAUGUGGAUCAUGGACAAGCUGUUUCGCUGGACCAAUUUCGGCGUUGUCUCCUUCAUCCAUGGUGAUUUUUUCAUCACAUCGGGGAAAGCUGGUAGAGACACUGCUUUAGUUGCUCUCAGACAUCAUCUCCAAGAAGUUUAUGUAAAGAAGAACAUGAAGUGGAUCAUGUUGUUUCCAGAAGGCGGGUUUUUAUACAAGCGAAGGGAGGCUAGUCAGCAGUUUGCCAAGAAGUACGAUUUGCCCGUGCUGCAGCAUGUGACUCUACCCAGAGUCGGAGCCAUGCAUGUUGUUCUUCAAGAACUGUGUCACCUGACCGAAGUAACCAAAAAUGGAGGGGAAAUUCCUCCUUUCAAGUCAGCUGCAACAAACCCUGGUCUGAAGUGGGUCAUUGAUGUGACAGUGGCUUAUGCAAAGGGUAUUCCGCUUGACCUGUUGGCCAUUGCGUUUGGCGAUCAGGGCCCACAGAAAAUUAUCUUUCAUUACAAAAGAUUCGCGGUUGACGAGGUGCCGCACGACGAAGAAAGUCUCAAGACCUGGCUAUAUAAGCGCUAUGAGGAGAAGGAGCAAAAGCUCAAAGAAUUCUACACAACCGGGCAAAUUGGAGAGACUGGCAGAAACGUGCAGCACAGUGCGGUGUACUUUCUUGCCCUCCAUUGCUUCUUCCUCUUGUCAUCGUGGUUCCACUGGAGCCUCGUUAGGCGCACCAUGGCUGUACUGAGUUUCUAGAUUGUUUGUUGUGUACUUGCUGUACCUCUGCAUUAUGUUCGCGUUUCUCUCUGGUUUGGGAUACGUUGGAUCUCUUUUGAAGAAAGGUAGAAAGGGAAGGGAAAUUGCAUUGCCAUUGAAGAAACGCAGGGAGGCAUUUUGAAUUGUACUGCAACGUGUACAGAACAUGGGCGGGGGGGGCGGUCUGGUCAGGCGUGCAGCUUUGAGCGUCAUUUGGAAGCUUUAAUUCGUGUUGUCCUGUUCCGAAAGUGUGUGAGAUAGACUGCUCACUUCUAAAAUUAGUUACUUUGGUUCUUGCAUGUUUUUGUUUUUUGACGACCUGAUGUCGGGUCGGUGUUCUUGAGCAGGAAAGGCUGUGGGCAGCUGCUUAGUCCACCCCUAUUAUUCUUUUGCGCGGGUCAUUUUUAGUUUUACUUUUAGUUGUUUUUUUUUUUAAUUAUUGUACCUUGUUGUUGGGCCAUCAAUUUCAUGUGCUUUGAGAAGUGGAAAUGCAAUUUUAGCCAUCUGAUGGUCAGCAAGAGGUAUUUGAAUUUUAAAAUAAAUAAAAAAUAGAUUUUUCG